AUUAUUUCCCUGCAAGAGUUUCAAGUUUCAUAUUUUAAUUGAGUCCAAAGUCCAAGCAAUAAACUUGCCUCUCCCUGUGUGAGAGGAGAGAGAAAACAUUCCAGGUUCCAGCAAUGGCGGCUGCUGAUCUGAGAGCUGAACUGAGCUGCUCCGUGUGCCGGGAGAUUUAUACCGACCCUGUAACCCUGUUGUGUGGCCAUAACUUCUGUCUCAUCUGUAUUGAGAGAACAUGGGACUGGCAGAAGAGUAUAGAGGAAGAUCCCUCCUGCCCUGAAUGUAGAAGGACAUAUAGAAGGAAACCUGAACUGAUAAGGAACCUGAGACUGAGGAACAUAGCAGAGCAAUUCCUUUCUACUGACCCACAGCAGGAUGGGACUGGGACCUCUAGAGACUCAAAAUGCUCCUCACACAACAAGAUCCUGGAGUAUUACUGCUGUGAAGAUGGUGUCUGUGUCUGUGGCUCAUGUGUUGCAUUUGGAGAGCACAGGGGCCACAAGGUGGAGCUGCUGAGUGAGGCCUCUGAUCAGAUGAAAGAAAAACUGAGAGAAGUUGUGGAGAAACUGAGGCCAGAGAGAGAGGAGACUGAGAGAGGAGCCCAGAGACUGCAGGAGCGCAGGAGAGAAGUGGCAGAAAAAGCAGCCGGUGAGACAGAGAGAGUCACUGCCCUGUUUAGAGACAUCAGGGAACAACUGGAAGUCCUAGAGAAGCGACUCCUGAGUGACAUCUCCAGCCAGAAAGAGAAGCUCUCACUCACACUCACUGAUCUGAUGGAGCAGCUGGAAAUAAAGAAGGACGAGCUGUCCAGGAAGAUCCGUCACAUUGAGGAGCUGUGCAACAUGGCAGAUCCACUCACUGUCCUACAGGAACGGGAAUCACAUGGAGCUGCAGAUAAUGAGGGGGGCAGAGAGAGACAUGAUAUAAAGGUCCCUGCUGUAGGGGAUCUGGAUGUGGAUCUGAUCUCAGAGACAUUACUCACAGGCUUAGCUGCCAUUGGGACUGGGGUAAAGGGAAGGAUCUAUGGGCAGGAGGCUACAGACCUGUUACUGGAUAUAAACACGGCUCAUAAUCUUGUAUCUGUAUCAGGGGACAGGAAAUCUGCUUCCUACUCACGUACAGACCAGUGUCACCCACAAACCCCAGAGAGAUUUCAGGUUCCUCAGACUUUAAGCAGCAGGAGUUUCCCCUCAGGGCGACAUUACUGGGAAGUGGAGGUCAGUGAAUCAGGGGAGUGGAGGGUAGGGGUGGCCUAUCCCAGUAUAGAGAGGAGAGGGGAUCAGUCCUGUAUUGGGGAUAAUAACAAGUCCUGGUGUUUGUACAGAUGGGAUGAUAACUAUUCAGUGAUACAUGACAAUAAAUGUACAGAUUUACCCCACGUCUCUUCCUGCAGGAGAAUCAGGAUCUCAUUGGACUAUGAGGCCGGACGUCUGUCCUUUUAUGAGCUGAGUGAGCCAAUCAGACACUUACACACCUUCACUGCCACAUUCACUGAGCCCCUUCAUGCUGCAUUCUGGGUAGUAAAUGCCUGGGUGAGAAUCAUUAGUUAGGGCACUGCCAACUACAUGAAGAAACCCAUGCCCAGAGUUGCCCGUAUCCCUUUGAUGAAUGGAUCAGUAGGUAGAGUUUCAGCAACAUUUAUGUGGGGUGUCUCCCCCGGCAAUGACUUUACAAUGAGUGAUCACUUUAAAGGAGAACUAAUACAAACUUAUCGGAACACCAUUACACCAAUAAUGGAAGACUAGGUCCAAUUAAGAUUAUUCAGGAGAAUUAGAAAUACCAAAGGCAUUUCCUGACAUAAAGGGGAAAUACACCUAAAAAAAACCUGGACACUGGGUGUUGGUGGAAUAUUGAAACACAUUGCGCUAUUUUUUUCUGUUUCUCUGUUGCCGUAGACGCUGAUCUACAUAUACAUUUUUGGAUACUUUUUUUGUGCAGCUGAGAGACUGUGGGAAGAUCGGCAAGAGAAAGUGAUUUUAAAGGACUUUUUUCAUUUUUCUUAAUUAUUCUCUGUUAAUUUGCUGACAUAGCCUGGAACAUGCUGGAGAGCUGGGAACAAAAUCUGUCACUUAUGGGACAAGGUCUCCUUACCAGAGACAUAUUCAGAAGACAUUCACUGCUGGAUGAUUGGACGAGGGCUGCUUUACCUCUACAUCUGCCUCUAAACAUGAGAGUAAAAGGGUACGAUCUGUAUUUGUGCCAUUUGAAUGGAGUCACAUGUAUUACACACAUGAGGAUUCUCUGAUCAUAAUAAUUAUGUGUUUUACUAAAUUUACUUUGUUUAAGAUACAUCCACCUAUAUGGGGCUUAAUAACAGAACCACUUUCUACCAGCUACAAGAAUUCCUUUAUCUCUCUCUCUUCUCUCUUACCUACUAGCUUUUAUUCUAUUAGUAACAUAGUAGUAAGUUAGGUUGAAAAAAGACACACGUCCAUCAAGUUCAACCUGAGCUCUAUUUUAAUCUGACUGUCAG